AUGCUGGGACAAUUUUAUCAAUGGGAGCCUGGGUAUUGCCAGCUAGAACUUCAGAAGUUGAGUCCCUCUGUUCGAAGCUCUGGCCCUCAGGCAAGUUUGUGGGACGAUCUUGAUGACUGGGAAACCAAGUCUGAGGCGGAGGAUGUUGCGAAGGAUGCAGAAGCAUUCUCCAGCAUCAUUGUUCAAAACGAGUCUCCUCUGCAAAUAGCAAAGCUGCGAGCGCCGCUGGUCACACUAAAGCUCGACUUUGCACCAUUGCCGCCGUACGAAUACUGUAGAAGAAUACACCACUACUUGCCGUCAUACGAAGAAAAGGAGAUGCAUAUCGAGAACGCGUUGGAUGGAGAAGAUUCGCAGUUAUUGUGGCUUACAUUUUGUCCACUCGUCGACGAGGAUGAACGGUUGCCUGAGCAUCACUUGCGAACGUUCCUUGAAGACUCUAUAAUUGGCUGGGAGACACAAAGUGUCCAUGAUAAUGACAUCGAUAUAAUCGAGAUAGAGGUCGUCGCACGCUUACUUGGAAUGGAGUUGAAGCCUGAGCAGGUCGACGAGCUAUUCCUUUUACCACGAUGUAUCCUGGGUACAGAUGAUCCUGGUAUUGUAACUGUGUGGAACCGCCGAGAGCAUAUUUUUCCUCCCCAUUGGACGAUCGCACAUCCAUUGAUCAUGGGAAACGAAAACAAGCUGCACCGAUUGGUGGAUCAUUUCCACGCAUGGUGCAGCCUGUGUGCGGAAUAUGAGUGCCAUUUUCACCCCUUCUCGCCAGCCGUCACACAAAAAACGAUCACUCGAACGACCAAACUCCCAAAUAUGAUUGGGCUCCCAGAAACGGCAUGCCAUCAAACAGACUGUGUAGUUUCUCAUUCGAGCACGGAAACCUUUCAGGACGCUGAGGAUGUCCGAAAUAUGAUCACUACAUUCUUCGUCACAUACAGCGUACUAAAAUGGACGACUUCCUGUGAGAUUGCUGCUAUACUUGCUGAACCUUGCUGGAAGGUGCAUAAAAUAAUCAACGAGGUACUCGAGUCAUCCAAGAGUACUGCCACGAUCGACAAAGUCCAUUCAUCAAGACCUGGCAGCCGGAUACAACCUCCGAAUUUUCUAAACUGGAAACCAGUCGGACCAUGUUAUCACGAAGGACCGUGUACACAGACAGAAUGUCCAUGCGUCGAAAUAGGCAACUGGUGCAGUAGCCCACGAGCUGACUCGACCCACAUUGAGGUCCUCGACGCCCGGUCGGCUGCAAGUGCAAAGGAAAGUGUGACAUCAUCGACCAAUGCACCACUCGCAGUUAAAACAGUAUGCGUCAACAACAACAUUCAACGUCGACGCAACGCAAGAACAGAAAUACGACGUGCAGAGCAUGGAUGGGGUCUUUUUGCGCUCGAGAAUAUCCCACGCUUUGGUUGGAUUGCACCCUAUCUUGGGGAACUACACUCGAGCUGUACUGCCAACGUAAGGGAGAUUGUGGCAAGACAUUGCGGCCGCAACUACAACUUCACCAUGACGUCGGAGAUGCAUAUAGAUGGUACUUCAUGUGGAAACGAAACUCGCUUCAUCAACGAUCCCCGUCGGGCUGAGCGGGUUAAUUGCGUGAUUCGAAGGAUCUGGGUGGACGGCCACUUAUAUUUUGGGAUCGAAGCAAGCAAGCGCAUCAAGCGUGGCCACGAGCUGUAUCUCAGUUACGGCAACGACUUUUGGUCAUAA